UUGGCUCAAUUGUAACGUUGCUUGUAAUUACUGUAUUAUUUGAUGAAUUGAAAUUUUCUGUGAUAAGUUGUCUUUGAACUGGAUUUUAUUCUGGAUAAAUGAUUUGUUGGUGGAGUUAAGAUCUCAUUUUAUUUAGAAAUAUUUUGAUAGCACUGACUGAAUGAAUAUUGAUUUCCACUCAUUCACUGUAAUAGACAUUUUAACAGUAGAUUUUUAUCCUCAACCUCACUGUUAUAAAGGGGGAUUCGAUAACUUGAUGAACAGUAAAUAGAAUGCAAUAAUAUGAAAUGACAAAUUGAUAUCUGAUCAUGGUACCGAAUUACUGACCGAAAUCCCCAAAUGGACGUAUAUCAGAAAACAAGACAGUAAAAUAGGGUUUUCAUGUAUUUAUAAAUAUGUAGCUCUAGGUUCUUUCCACUUCAGUAUCGCCUCAUCAAUUUUUUCUCAUGAUAAGUAGUACCAGAUAUGCUCGUUUGUACUUCUGUAAUCACAAAAAGUUUCGUCUAGAAUAAGCGUAUGAUCAUAUUUUAGAAAUUUGAUUGAUUCUCUUAGAAUCGAGUGUCAGUACUUUAUUAUUCAUACAGUAUGUAGUUAUAGACUUGGGAUUCUGAAGUAUACAAGUUUCUCCAUUUUCAACUACUUUUAAAGAAAUCUUGUGUGUGUAUUGCAUUUUUUGAUCCGUAUGCAUUGUGAUAUACUUAACUUUUGCAGAUCAUGAAUCAAUAUAUUAUACCAUUGGCACAUAACGACCCAAGACUUUUUUCUCAUGUCUCACAAGCCUUUUCCUUGGUUGAUCUUGGCAAGCGUUUACUGGAUGCCGCAAAAAACGGAGAUGUCGAGGAAGUCAAGAAUUUAAUAAAUAAUGGAGCACCGUUUACUACUGACUGGUUGGGAAUAUCUCCUCUCCAUUUCGCUGCUAUGAAUGGACAUCUUAGUUCAUGUGAAGCGCUCCUACGUGCUGGUAUUAGCAGGGACGCUCGGACUAAAGUUGAUCGUACUCCUCUCCAUUUAGCUGCUCAAGAGGGUCACGCAGAUAUUGUGGAGCUUCUGUUACGUAAUGGAGCGGAUCUUAGUGCUAAGGAUAUGUUACGUAUGACAGCACUACACUGGGCAGCCGAAAGAGGUCAUACACCUGUUGUUCAAAUGUUGAUGCGUUUUGGAGCUGAUGCACAUCUCCAGAACAAAUUCGAAAUGACUCCUUUAGAUAUAGCUGAAUGUAAGCAACACGAUGAUGCUCGGGAUGCUAUGUUAAAUACUCAGUAUGAUUUAGUAUCGUCAGUCGGUCGUAUGGCUGCCACGAAUGGGGAUAUAGUAGGUGCUAACGCAUACAUCUUAACGGAAGAAGAGACGUUAGUUCCAGCUGCUCCUCCAGCUGAUGAGGUGACUGUCACCGCGACAACGGUUGAGGAGUCUUCCAACAUACAAGACUCUGAUAUCUCCGAAACAUUCUCAAAUGGUGGUGAUGCUUCUAAUGAAGAUGAAAAAAUUACAACUCUUACGAAAGUAAAAAGUGGUCAUAGUGGUUCUAACAAACGAAUAUGGAAAACUGGAUUAAGUGAAAAUACAAAUGUCAAUCUUCAUGGUGAAAAUUCGGAAGCCCAAACCACUCCUUAUUCAUUAUCACAGUCAACACAGGCAGAUAAUACAGAUUCUAUUCCGAAUAUUAAAAAUAAACCAAAUUUAUCUGGUGAUAUUUUAUUGCCUUUGGAUGAAGAUUGUCCAAGAGAUGUUAUGAUAGUUGAAACUCCGGAUGGUGAAACGCUUUAUGUUCAUCAUCAGUCUAAUGAAGACGGUUCGAGUGGUCUAGUCAUUUGA